AUGGACUCGACCGUGGUGAAUGCGACAUCCCUCGCAUGGUCAUCAUCAUCGGCCGUGCCGGCGAUGCUUCUGCCGGAAAGUACCUACGGUAGCUUUCCUACGGAUGGUGUCACGAUGUCGCUGGAUGUACUGCUUGGUUUUGGUCUGUUCGAUACGAACGGUACCAUCGCCGGCAACGCAACCGCCGAUCCCACCGAGCUGCCCCACCCGUGUGAUCCAUCGAGCGAGGAUUUCGAUUGUUCCGUGAAUGACUUUCUGGUGUACGCGCGUGGUCCCCAGCGAAUGCCGCUCUUCACCGCGAUGCUGGUCACAAUCCUGUUCGUUGGCAUCCUGGUGACCGGUGUGAUUGGAAACUUGAUUGUGUGCCUCGUGAUCAUACGGCAUCCCUCGAUGCGUACCGCCACCAACUACUAUUUGUUCAGUCUGGCCGUGUCGGAUCUCAUAUUUCUAUUACUAGGACUUCCAUACGAGAUUAGCCUUUACUGGCACCAGUAUCCGUACAAUCUUGGUCUACCAUUUUGCAAAAUCCGCGCACUCAUCUCGGAAGCCUCCACCUACGUUUCGGUGCUGACCAUCGUCGCCUUCUCGAUGGAGCGCUUCCUAGCCAUUUGCCAUCCGCUGCACCUAUACACAAUGUCGGGUCUGCAGCGGCCGGUUCGCAUCAUUGCUGGACUUUGGAUCGUGAGCCUGCUGAGCGCCGUCCCGUUUGCCAUCUUUACCGACAUCGAUUACAUCGUUUAUCCGCCAACAAACGAGAAAAUUCUUGACUCAGCGUUCUGUGCCAUGCUAAGCAAUCCGGAAGGAUUUCCUCUAUGGGAGCUGUCGACCUGUCUGUUUUUUGCCUUCCCGAUGCUCAUCAUGGUCGUACUGUACGGGCGCAUGGGAAUGCAGAUACGAUCCCGCACUCAACGAACCGCCGAACUCGGCGUUCGCAACGGAUCGGUUAAUGGACCAUCGAGGAUAUCGCAGUCACGGAAAGCCAUCAUCCGGAUGCUCGCGGCCGUUGUGAUUACAUUCUUCGUUUGCUGGGCACCCUUCCACGCGCAACGGCUUCUCUUCCUGUACGCCCGCGACUGGCAACACUUCAACACGGUCAACACGUGGCUCUUUUCCGUGGCCGGUUGGUUGUAUUACGUUUCCUGCACCAUCAAUCCGAUACUGUACAAUGUGAUGUCGCAUCGGUACCGGGUCGCAUUUCGCGAAACUCUCUGCGGACGGCGGCGUGGCUUCGGGACCGGGUUCGCACGCGAUCAGUCCAGCUUCCGGGAGACAACAAUCGAUGUUAAUAUGGCAGGUGGUGGCAACGGUGGUAGCAGUUACGGAGGAUACGAAAGUUCGCGAUUGCUACGAGCGCGGUCGAUGAUGCAAUCAAAACGAUCCCGGUUUCGAGGCACUCUGCACACGAACAACAGUAUCCGGUACAGUGACAACUGCAUUCGGCGGAAUUCCUUGCAGAUUGGCAACAUGCCCAGCAGCAGGAACUCGCUGUCACCCAACCUUACCACCGAUGUCGUGGUGAUGCUGGAGAACAAUCUCAACGGACGGCCACGGUGCUACACCACCUCCGCCACCACACUCGUCACGAACGUCGUCGCGAGCAACUCGACCGUGACGGAGAACAGCUUCAAGGUACCGCUGAUCAGCAUCGACCGACCCGGUCCGGACAGGAUCGUUCUACCGCUGGCCGGCAGCCAUAGUGGAAGCUGUACGAGCAUUGAACCGGGCACCAAUGCACACCCGAACGGCGUUGGAAACCUCAACAAUAGUAAUAGCAGUAGUCAUACCAACAACAAUAAUAGUGUGUGCAACAAUAGAAACUAUGACCCGGAUGUGUCCACGGAGCAACCGGGUGGUUCGGCAACGUCCUCACCUGCAAUCACACCAUUAUUCGCCUUACCGGCUGUUACGUUUGUGCUGGAAGAGGACGACCACCGGAACCAUCACCAAUCAAUGGUGGACCAGCAGAUGGUGGCAGAUGCACGGCCAACGAAUGAACCAUCGCCGCAGGACGAAAGCGACAGUCCGGAUAUUCCCACCGUACCCGUACCGACAUUCCACUACCAUCCCAACCUGCUCCAGCAACGAUGCGGCGAAAUGGAUGAAGUGGUGCUGCUAACCGAUACGAAGCGCGAGACGUGCAUUUAA